UGAAAUUUUUUUCUACAGCAAGUAGAAAAUUGGAGCUCAACGUAAAUGGACGUCAUCAGUGCGUGUUAAAAAAUUUCGUGUUAACGCGUUUUUUUCUAAUUUAACAGAGGGAGAAAAAACAAUUUUGUUGUGUUUUUUAAGUUUACACAAAAUUUUCUGUACAGAUUUUCAGGCACACUCAAAAAUUAUAUGAAAUGAAAUAAAAAAUUUAAGAAAAAAAGAGAAAAAUUUUAUAAAUAAACAAAAAAAAAAAAAGUGUUGCAAAAGAAAAGAAAAUAAUUCAAACGCAAUUGCUUCUUGUUCUGUUAAGGGGGGCAAAUAUAAUAAAAUCCCCAAAAAAACAUAAAUUUGAAUUUAAGUGAAAUAAAUUGAAGUGAAAUAAUAAACAAAACAUAAAUAUUAAUUAAACAAUAUUAUGAAUUGUUAAAAAAUUUACUGAUUAUAAAAUUUUUAUGGUGAAUUAUUUUUUUCUUAAUUAUUGAAAGAAUAUGUAAAUUUAAGAAGAGAUAGAAAAAAUUUUAAGUACAUGAAAUAAAAUUAAGAAUUUAAGUGCUAAAUUAUUGUAAAAAAUUAUUAAUAACGGUAUUUGGAGUAUUUUAAGCUGAAAAAGAAAACUAUUUUAGUUGAGUUCAACAUUUUUUAACUGUUAAAUAAAAUACUGAAAACACGGGGAAAAUUUAAAUUGUGAUUAAGAAAAACAAUAUUUUCCACAAAAUUGUAUAAAAUUAUCUACAAAUUCUUGGUUUUCUAAAAUAAGAAACAAAAUUGGUUUUGCAUGCAUCAAACCAAAAACAAAAAACCACAAUACUAUUGCCAACAAUAAUAAAAUCAACAUAUUUUUGCAACAGCCAACCAGUCGGUUUAUAUUUUUUUGUUUGUUUAUUUGGUGGCAACGAUUUUGCAUUUUUAAUCGUUUAUUCCUGUUAAAUGCAAUUGGCGUUUAAAAGUCGGUCACGUAUUUAGUGGCAACAAACAAAAAAAGGCAACAAAAAUCAAUCAAAAUAGGCAGAAAUAAAAAAGAAGGAGGAAGAAGACAUUUUGCAAAAUUUUACAAUUGAGUAGUUGUGUGGUCAUUAUUGCUGUGAGCAAUAAUAACAAUAGCCAGAAGUUUGUUUUUGUAUAUGCUGGACAUCAUUAAAUAAACAAACACACACACACACGCCAGAGAGGGAGACCAAUCACUACAUUUGUCAAUAGUUCGCGAAAAUUGUUAUACUUUCAUUAGAGCAACCUCCCAUCAACUGACCAAAAGCAAAAUUAGAGGGCGUAAAUGUUGAAAAAUCUUCAAUAUUUUGAAAAACCUCGAACAUUUUACAAAAGUUGCAAUAAUAUUUUUACAUUCACAUAAUUAUUGUUCUACAUGUGAUUGCAAUUUUGGAGCUAAAUUCUAGUUUUAUUGACUAGUGAUUAGUUUUUUGUUUCUUUGUUAAUCUCUUCGUUUUUAAUUUACAACAAACACUAUAAUUUGUUGCUGUUGUUAAACUACUAUUGAUUACAUUUGCUAUUGUUGGCGCUUUGAACCAUUUACAUACCUAAACCCGCCUCAAAAUGUUGGAUGAUGACAACAAUGAUUUGCUGGCUGCAGCUUCAGAAAUACAACGCAAUCGUUUAUAUUUUGUGGCAUUUAAAAAGAAUUUUAAACCAAAAAAUACUGCAACCAGUCAUUAUUUUAGCAUCGAUGAUGAUUUUAUCUAUGAAAAUUUCUACAAUGAUUUUGGUCCCCUAAACAUUUGCAUGCUGUAUCGCUAUUGUCAGAAAUUGAAUGCCAAAUUAAAUAAUAAAACUUUGGCUAAUAAAAAGAUUGUACACUACACCUCCAUGAAUCCGGCUAAAAGAGUUAAUGCCGCCUAUCUAAUGGGAGCAUUUGCGAUAAUUUACCUCAACAAAUCACCCGAAGAGGCCUAUCGCCCUUUGGUCAUGGGCGAAAUACCUGCUUAUACACGUUUUUGUGAUGCCUCCUAUGGCCCUAGUGGCUAUAAAAUCUCCCUAAUCGAUUGCCUAAAUGCUGUACACAAAUCUUUAAAGGCGGGUUUCUUUAAUUUUGAAGAUUUCGAUGCCGAGGAAUAUGAAUACUAUGAACGUGUUGAAAAUGGUGAUUUCAAUUGGAUUGUUCCUCAAAAGUUUAUUGCCUUCUGUGGACCUCAUCAAAAGUCCAAAACACUGCCAAAUGGUUAUCCUUGCCAUUCACCGGAAACUUAUUUUGAAUAUUUUCGCGCAAAUAAUGUAACGACCAUCAUACGUUUGAAUGCCAAGGUUUAUCAUGCUUCCAGUUUUGAGAAUGCCGGUUUUGAUCAUAAAGAUCUAUUUUUCAUUGAUGGUAGUACGCCUAGUGAUUUGAUAUUGAAGAAAUUCUUAACGAUAUGUGAGACGACAAAGGGUGCCAUAGCAGUGCAUUGUAAAGCUGGUCUUGGACGCACUGGUAGUUUAAUUGGUGCUUAUAUUAUGAAACACUAUAAUUUCUCAGCUCUGGAAGCUAUAGCCUGGUUGCGUUUAUGUCGUCCUGGUUCGGUUAUUGGUCAUCAACAACAAUGGAUGGAAGAUAAACAAUCCUGGCUGUGGUCUGAGGGAGAACGCAUGCGUAAACGUGCUGGUACCUGUUGUCCCGUACACAAAUAUGGCAUUUAUAGUUUAUUGUAUAAAACUUGUUCUGCUGGUCAGUUACGUACGAAUGAAAAUAAUACGGAAAUGUUAAUGACACGCGUCAAGGGUAUUUCACAAAAGGUCGACACCAUGCAUUUGAAUGAGGAAGAUCAAACUGAUUCGAAUCAAUUGGAUUCUUUGGAAUCCUAUGAGAAUGGCAAUAAAACUCUAACAACUCGUACACGUUUGUUAAUGACAGCGAAAGAUGGUGCCAUAACACCGCCUACUAGUGCUAGUGAUAAUGACAAUGAUGUUACCGAAACCGAAGAAGAAUCUACAACCUCUAAUACCAAUAGCACAUUUAUAGUGUCGCGAAGACGCAAAUCGCCGACAACAGUUGCCAGUACGAAGAGCAGUAAUGUUACCACUACUACCACAUCUCUAAGAAGUUCACCUACUCCCACGGGUGGUGGUGGAGGUGUUGCAGCAAUUACCGAAAUAACUUUACGUCGAACACCACCUUUAAUGGGUAAUGGUCAUAGUUUGAUAACAACUACAACGGUAACUAGCUCAAGUGUCACCACUAAUACGAAUGUGGCUCCGGCUCCUUUGUAUUCUGAAAAGAAAUUGAAAAAACCUUCAACUACUUAUGAACCGGCCGCCUUACAAAGGCCUACCAUAGCAUCCACGGUGAAAAUGACACAGGCAGCUAUAGAAAAGACCAAGGCACAAACUCAGGGUGAUAAACUAAAUCAAAUUAAGGCCAUGAGAAGGCAACAUAAUUCCAGAUCUGGUGGUAGUACAGGUGAAACUGAAAAUCCUUUACGUCAUACCCGAGCCCGUUCACAACCGUUCCGUAAUAACAAUAAUUUGGUUAAUAUGUUGGCCACCACUACAACCACCACAACUGGCCUAAAGGCACAAGAUUGUUUGGAUUCAAAUGCAGCGGUGACAGCUACAAAUAAUUUAUUAAAUAAUAACAACAAUAUUAAUAACAAUAAUAAUAAUAACAACAACAACAACAGUAAUAACAAUAAUUGUAAUAAUAUUAACAAUAAUAAUAACAACAACAAUAACAGUGUUGGUGGUCCAACUACAACAGCAACAACAACAAAUCUAACCUCAACUACCACCACCAUGGGUUUAACUAGUGUUAAUAGUACAAUAACAACACGGGCACGCAGUUUAGCUAUUUAUAGCAAAAGAAUGGGACUAAUGCAUUUACGUAAAGCUGAACAACAGCAACAACAGAUUUCAAAUAAUGUCACUGCCGCCAAUAAUAAUAAUAAUAACAACAACAACCACAAUGCCAAUACUGUAAGUUCCACAACAGCGACAACAACAUCAUCAACUUUGCUACCACAUCAACAUGAUGUAACUACUCCCACACUCAGUAGUUUAAAUAAACAAACGAAAACCUACAACAACACUUUAAUAAGUUCCACAACCAAUGAAAGUAAAAUACCCAUAGUGAGAGCAACUGCAGCUUUAAUUGAUUUGAAUGUGGCCAUUAAUCAUGGUGGUGGUGUAGUGGGUUCAUCAGCCACUAUACCGCCUUCUAGAAGUUCCAAUAGACUAUCGGCAGCAGCCGCUAUAACAGCACCCUCACAUCAUCACAUGACUUUGAGAGGAAGAUCACGUUUAAGAUAUCAUCGUCAUCAAGAUGGUGGUGGUGGAGCUGGAGGUGGUCUGCAACAAGCACCACCUUGUACUAUGACUACUGCACGUUAUUAUCGAGAUGUUUCUGCCUUGCCCUCAUCCAUACAGUUGGGCGGUGGUGUCAGUGGUGGUGGCGGUGGCAUUACAACACGUUCAUCUUCAGCUACACUGGAUUUAAAUUCGAAUCCUUUACCCUCUACUGGCAAUCUCUUGGGCAAUAUGAACAAAACUAAUAAUCACAAUAGCAGCAACAACAAUAGCAAUAGUAGUAGUACAACAACAACCACAACAUGUAGCAAUAGUAGUAAUAAAUUGGAAGAACGUAUACUGCGUACCAAUACAACAAAAUCCUCUUGUACCUCUGCCAAUCAUUCAAAUUCCUCUUCUGACGCUGAAACCCUUAAAUCCACACAUUCAAACAAUACAAAUCGUCUUAGUCGUACAUCACAGCGUUCCUUGCCAUCAACGACGGGUAUACCCUGUAGUAGCCAAUAUGGCAGCGGAGUUUCUGGUGGAGGCUUUAGUAAUAUUAAACGCAAUAAAAGAUCCUUAAGUAGUACACGCAUUGAAAAGGAUAAAUGUGAUGAGUACAACACUAAAUUGCUGAGAAAGACUAACAAUCAAGUUUCUGCCGCCUCCAACAACAACAACAAUUCUGCUACUGGUGCCACCUCAACAGUUGUUGGUGGUGGUGGUGGUGGUAGUUUUCGCACCAGACAUCGCCAGGCUGCUAUCACAAAUUUGGAAUCUUCAACUGCUUCGUCUACUUCUUCGACCUCUACCUCCGGUAUACCUACACCUACUACCAGUCAGGGUCUUUAUAUGCCGCGUAGUGCUAAAUAUGCUGCUGGAGUUAUGGCUGCCGAACAACGUGAACAUCAGCAGCAGCAACGUUUGUCUUUAAAGUUGCGCAAGAAAAUAAGUUACUAGAAUUUGGAGUCAUUACCUACGACUAGUAGGUAUAGCAAAAGGUCCAAAAGAUAAAUAUUAAGAUUCAAGUUUGAGAGUUAGAGAACAAAAUGUAUAACAGCUGUUGGUUAAAGCUAUAGAAGUAAAGAAAGGGAGAGUGUUAAAUUUAAGGUUAGUAUUGUAAAUAUUCAAAAUAAAGCUAAGAGCCAGGUUAAUGGUGAAAUUAGCAAAGACCUUUAAAGGAAAUUUGUACAUUAGUGAUGUUCCCACCAAGCAUUCGAUUUCAUUGAUGGAAUUUGUCCUAAAGAAAAGGGGAAAUAAUUCGUAAACCUGAGUAUCAGAAAUAAAGUCAAAUUCUGAUUCAGAAAAAUAACUAAAGUCGGCUUGUGUUAUUCGAGUUAAGAUGAUGAAUCUUAACUGAAUAUCGGAUUUGGUGAUUGGAUACGUUAUAUAUUAGGUGUAAAGAAGAGUGCAAUACAUUUUUAAAAAGUAAAAAGAGCCUAUUCAAUAUUGCGGAGAGUAAAAAUUCCAAUAUUUUAUAUAAUGCUGACCUUAGGUCUUAGGGCGGGUUUCUUACUACUCAGUUAAACUAGGCUUAACUUGCUGUUAGAUUAAACUCGGAACAAAUUUAGACGGACUUUAACCGAUGAUUGUGUUUUUCAGUUAUGGAUUUAAGUUUAGUUAACUUUGUUAGUAUUGCCAACUUUUCACUCAAAAACAUAAACAAUGAACAUCUGUUUUUUGCAAAUAAUACUUUUGUAAAAUGAAAAAUUUUGGAAAAAUGUUAAAUAAA